AUGUCCUUUCCACCCAUAAUUCCAAAAGUUACAAUGCCCAAGGCUCCCGAUCCACAUGUCGACCCAGCAGGAUAUCUAAGAAGUAUCGGAGCGGUGAGAGAGAGAUGCUCAUUGAUGUUGGCAAAGGCGAAGAGCAAUCAAUUAAAUCAUUUCGAUGUCAACAUGGCGGGGUUCAGUGACACCACCAAAUUUGUUGUUUCAAUUAUGAAGCGCGAUUUUGCUCCAGAUUAUGCCAGUAUUCCGCCUCAUGGCCGAUGGCAACAUUUCAACGUUGGUGGAAAGGAUCGUAUCGAGGAGCUAUCGAAGAGCUGGCCACGCGACGUAGAUACCUCCGAACGAUGUCGCAGAUACUUGGAUUUGUUCCUUAUUUCGGUGUUACUGGAUGCAGGUGCUGGAACUUCGUGGUCGUAUAAAAGUAAUGAGAACGGACGGACAUACAGGAGGAGUGAAGGUCUGGCUAUUGCGAGUCUGGAGAUGUUCAAGGCUGGCAAAUUUAGCAGCAACCGACAACAGCCACAUCAAGUUGAUGGAGAAGGAUUGAGAAGCCUGACGGUGGACGACAUGCGUGCAGGUCUACAGGUCACCAAAGACAACCCAAUUGCUGGACUAGAGGGAAGAACGGAAUUAUUGCAGAAGCUCUCGGAAGCUAUGAUGAACCAUACAUAUUUUGGAGCUGAUGGACGGCCGGGGAACAUGCUUGAUUAUCUCAUUUCACACCCUACAACCCAAGCUUCGUCAGUUCCUGUUGUACUUUUACCUACCCUUUGGAGUGUGCUCAUGGAUGGACUUGCUCCAAUUUGGCCCGCUUCACGAACUGCGAUUGACGGCACUCCGCUCGGAGAUGCCUGGCCACUAUCAACGAUGCCGGCUAAUUCUCCUUGGGAAACCAUCGUACCGUUUCACAAAUUGACUCAAUGGCUCUGCUACUCGCUCAUGCAGCCAAUGACCAAACUGAUGCAUAUUCACUUUGCGGGUGCGGAGCUUAUGACGGGACUUCCAGAAUAUAGAAAUGGUGGACUCUUCAUUGAUACAGGUGUCUUGACGCUGAAAAAGGCUGAUGCUAAGAGGGGCCUGGAGAACUUUGCCAUCAACAGCGAAAAGGAAGGCAAGAAGGCACUUGAGGUUGUGCCAAUGUUCGCUCCAGAUGACGAUGUCAUAGUUGAAUGGAGGGCAGUAACCGUUUGCUUUCUAGACUUGCUUCUUGAGCAGGUCAAUUCGACUCUAAAUCUUAAUGGUGCAGAUAAAUUGUCCUUACCACAGAUGCUGGAAGCUGGGAGUUGGAAGGGCGGAAGAGAAAUGGCUGAGAUUUCAAGACCGAAUACUCAAUGCCCUCCAAUCGCCAUUCUCUCCGACGGGACUGUUUUUUAA